AGGGAAAGCUUCCUACAAGAUGUAUAAGACUACUAUUAUGUAAAGUUCGAUCGAUUGGGUAGUCAUUCCAAGAUUUCAGCAGUUUUCAUAAGUCAUCAUCAGAACAAAAUAAAAACAAAUUGGACAAUUGGCCGACACUCUUAUUAAGAUGGAUGUGAAUAUAUCUCGCGUUAUUUAUACAACCAUAUCUGGAAUCUAUCUUGUUUUAUUUCUAUCACCACGCUGUGGUUCCGGUAGCAAUGUCUUGAUAUCUUCCAUGCAUGGAGAAGGGAGUCAUUUCUUCGUCGGGACAGGAGUCGGUGAAGGUCUCGUCCAGCGAGGUCACAACGCAACACUCCUCAUCAGCAGGGCAUUCGAACACCAUACAAGGAACCCCAAAUACUCUAAUCUGUCUUUCGAAGUAUUUGAUCAUCACAAACGGUCCGUCCAAGAGAUCCGAGAUUUCUGGAAAGACUUCGGAGCCCUUUCGUUGGGGCGAAGCAAUGACGGUCUCAUCAAGACCACCUUCUUCUUGAUUGAGUCGAUGGCAGACGACUGUGAAGAUAUCCUCCUCGACGUCGAGCUCAUGAAGCGUCUGGAAGUCGUAGACGCCGUCGUCGUUGAUAUGACUUGGUUGUGUGGCGUGAUGAUCCGGGCGGCGCUGGAACGCAACCUGAACUACAGCAAGAGGAUAGCCCUUGUGACCCUGAUGCCAUUCACCCCUCAGGGCAUGGCGUUGUUCUCUUACGGUUCGCCGUACAACCCGGCAUAUCAGCCAGAACUCAACACAGGCUUCACCAACAGGAUGAGUUUCUUUCAGCGGACGGCCAACCUACUACAAUCCGUUGUCUAUGCUUUGCUUGGUGGGGGAGUGGCCAUGCCAGCCUAUGUACGCGUAGGGAAAAAUACAGGGCUUGAGAAUGUCAUUAACUACAAGAUGUCUCUUUAUCAUGAACUUGCUGAUUUGCAUCUCCAGAACUUUGACUUCGUCAUGGAGUUCCCUUUCCCGAUUACGCCAAACGUGAUUCCUGUCGGUGGUGGUCUGACAGCAUGGCCAGCCGCAGAACUUAACGAGGAGCUGGAAGAUUUUAUGGAGAGCUCAGGCGACCAUGGUGUUAUUUUGUUCACUUUCGGCACGUACUUCGGAGAGAUCACGAUCGUUCAACCGGGAUUUGCCGAAGAGUUUGCCGAAGCUUUCCGAAGAUUGCCGCAGAAGGUGAUAUGGCAAAUGAAGGAUCCAAUCGAUGAACUCAAAGUUCCUUCCAAUGUGAAGGUCAUGCCAUGGGUUCCUCAGAAUGAUCUUCUUGGCCAUCCUAAGACUCGAGUGUUUCUCUAUCAAGGAGGCAACAACGGCUUCCAAGAAGCAUGUUAUCACGGCGUCCCCAUUGUCGUCGUCCCGCUUCAUGGGGAUCAGUUCGACGUCGCAGCCAGAGUCGAAGCGCGAGGUAUGGGCAGGAAGAUAGACAAAAUGGCUGCCAGUGCAGACGUAAUCUACAACGCCUUACAUGACGUCAUCAGCAAUCCAAAGUACACAGAAGUGGCUAAAACGGUUUCUACCAUCAUUAAAGAAAGGCCUGUGCAGGCAAGAGAACAAGCUGCAUUCUGGAUAGAGCAUGUGAUCAAAUAUGGCGGCCAGUAUCUCAAAUCGUCUGCAAUGGAACUCUCUGUAAUAGAGUAUUUUAUGCUGGAUGUGAUGGCGUUUCUUCUGCUGAUAGUGGCAGUGAUUGUGUUUAUGGUUGCAUUUGGAGUUAGAUUAUGUUGGAGGAUGGUCUGCGGGAAAAGGAAAACAAAAUUAGACUGACAUAAUAACUAGAGUAUUACCAUGCAUAUACAGUGUUGUUACGGGGGCAGCACCACUAUUUUCAAAAUGUUUUUAUUAAGGAUUUCAUUCAAAUGAUUUUUACACAAACUCAAUACUGUAGCGAACCAGUUUGCUCCGGUUUUGGUUAUAAUGCAAUAAACGUAGAUGGAGCUAUAGAUUUUGGUGCACUGGAUAUAGUCCUGGUUAUAAUUGAGCAAUAAGGAUGCUACACAGAUAAUUAGAAAUUUUCACAUGAUGCUUCUUGAACAGUUUUUUACUCUGAACAUGAAUACACGAGGUAACCAGGAUGUAUCCUGAGAAUUAACCUGAGAAGGCACUUCUUCAAAAUGGCCGCAAAAUAUUCAGAACAUUUGAUUUUUCGUACAUAGAUUAUUAACAUAAAAAUUUCAUUGCCUCAAAAUCAUUGUCAUAUGAAAGACAAAUAAAUUUCCUAUAAUUUGGUGCUAUUAAUAAGGGAUAAGUAAGUCAUUUGGCUGAGAUUUUAAGUAAAAACUGCAUUUUUGUGUGUCAUUUUCCCCAAAAUUGAAAAUUGUUCAAAUACCUCAAAUACCUGAAUUUACAUAAUUCUAUGAAAAAUAAAUCAGUUACCUUGAAAUGUUCCAGAAAACUUCAUUGAUAUACUAUUAUCAUGUGAUUCCAACUCUGUAUCAUUCCUUUUAGCACGUAUAUAAGGUAUCAAACUUGAAUACUCAAAUUUCAGAAAUGUCGCUUUUUGUAUGCAGUUUCAUAGACUAAUAGUAUAAUAUGUAUAAUGUAUUGUUAAAAAUUAAUUGCAAUUACAAUUACCUCUGCCUUUUAACUAUCUGCUACAUAAAACGAGGUUAGCACAUCAAGGCCUAACCCUCUCAUGGGGGUGGAGGUGGCGAAGUCACCCCCCCUGCACUUGUCUAUAUCAUGUUGCAUAUUGCCUAUUUGUUGGAAAAUCACUAUAAAAAAUUGUUAUACCUCUUAUACAAAUAUUAUGAUUAUUGAAUACAAUUGGGUUAGCCUCCUCUGAAUAGAUCUUGCCAAGCCUUCAUCAUUUCUGAAUAAAAUGGCGGCAUUUUUAAAUUUAAUUUCGAAGUGUCAAAGUUACAUAUAGAAACAGAAAUUCCCCCCCCCCC